AUGGGCAGCACCAGUACUUCUUCACCACCCCAUGUAGUGAUUUUCCCAUUCAUGGCUCAAGGUCACACUCUUCCAUUACUAGACUUGUCCAAGGCAUUAGCCAGCCGCGGCACAAGAGUAACCAUCAUCACCACCCCAGCAAAUGCUCCAUUUAUUCUUUCCAAAAACUCUACCCACCCAACAAUCUCUUUGUCCAUAAUCCCUUUUCCAAAAGUUGAAGAAUUACCAGAAGGUUGUGAAAAUGUUAACCAUCUCCUUUCUCCGGAUCUCUUUGUCCCUUUUAUAAAUGCCACCAAACUACUCCAACAGCCUUUUGAAGAUGUCCUUAAAGAGUUGUGUGAUUCUGAUAGCACUACUCCAAUUUGUGUUAUCUCUGACAUGUUUUUGCCUUGGACAGUUGAUUCAUGUUGCCUGUUCGAUAUUCCUCGGAUUGUCUUCAGUGGGAUGGGUGUGUUGCCUACGGUAAUUGAAAGAAAUGUCUCAUUGCAUGUUCCAUGCAUUUCUAGUUUGCUCCACUCUGAGCCUAUAAAUUUGCCAUCAGUUCCAUUUCCAUUAAACAAAACUGACUUCCCUGGCUUUGCUUGGCGUGGUGAUGAAAAGCAUCCAAUGCUGCCAGUUAUUUCAGAGAUCGAACAGGCAGAGCAUAAUAGUUGGGGUUACGUAGUUAACAGUUUUGAAGAGCUUGAAGGGGACCAUGUUGCUGCCUUUGAAAAUCACAAAGAGACCAAAGCAUGGCUUGUGGGUCCACUUCUGCUUCAUGAUCAAAGCAAACAAGAUUUGAUGAAUUCAGGGUCCAAAGACGUUGAUCAAAAGCAAUUUAGUCCGUACAUCAAGUGGCUGGACCAGAAAAUGGAAGGAGUGGGUCCAGGUAAUGUGAUCUAUGUGGCAUUCGGUUCACAAUCAUAUAUGACAGAUUUACAAAUGGAGGAGAUUGCUCUUGGGUUGGAGAUGGCAGGACAGCCGUUCAUUUGGGUGGUCAGAUCCAGAACAUGGGUCCCACCAGUUGGGUGGGAAGACAGGGUCAAGGAGAGAGGGUUGGCCAUACGUGAAUGGGUAGACCAGAGGGGUAUACUAGAACACCCAGCAAUUGGUGGGUUUCUGACUCAUUGUGGAUGGAAUUCAGUGUUGGAGGGCUUGUCAAUGGGUGUGCCACUGUUGGCUUGGCCUAUGGGAGCAGAGCAAGGAUUGAACGCUAGGUAUACGGAAAUGGGGCUAAAAGCAGGGCUCAUGGUCCUUCAAGAACGCGAUGCAAAAGAUGACCCUAUGACCGUUCAACAUAAUGUGAUUUGUGAUUCAGUGAAGGAGUUGAUGAGAGGUGACCAAGGGAAGAAGGCUAGGGAAAGGGCACAGGAGUUGGGGAGGAAGGCAAGGCAAGCUGUGGAAAAAGGUGGAUCAUCUGAUAAGAAAUUGGAUGAACUAAUUGAAUGCCUGACUCUAAAGACAAGAAUUCAAGGACGACCAGCUAAUCCAAAAGGUUAA